AUGCACCUGAGGUCCAAGGAGGUGGUGAAAUUCUGGUCUAACACAAUAGCUGGACAAAGACAAAAGAAACUGGAGGCAAAGAGGAUUCGGGAGGAACUUGAAGAAGAGGAGAAGAAACAGAUGGAUAUUGAGGAGGCUAAAUAUCAGGCGCAAAAGAGGAAAGAAGCUAUUGAAAAGGCCAAAACUCAACAGUACUACGAGACUGAUCGUGUGAAAGGAUUUCAUAGUGCACUCUUGCUGACAGAGGUCCUGAAGGAAAGGGAGGCCCAGAUAGAACUGAAGCAGAGAAAGCAGGAUACCUCCAAAGAUGUGGACAAGGAAAUCAUGGAUAUCAUUAAGCGUAGAGAGGAUGAAGCUUUGCAAAAGGAGCAGCAGAAAGCUUUGCAGAGGAAGCUUGACAGCCAGGCCACAGCAGAAGACUUAAAACAGCAGGCAAAAGAACAUGAGAUGAAUAGAGAACGGGAGAAACUGGAAAACAAGGAAGAGGCAGAGGAACUCCAGCGACUAAAAGAGCUUUUUCUGUGGGAGCAAUGCAUGCAGGAGCAAAAGAAAGAGGAGCAGAAGAGAAAUACCAUGAAAGCUCACAUGGAGCAUCUCUCUAACAGAGAUAUCAUUAGAGCAAUAGAGGCACAAAAGCAAGAGAUGGAGGAGGAGCGCAGGAGGCUUUUUGCAAAUGCAAAACAGAAAAUGGGGAAGUUGAGGAAAGACAAAGAGGAAGAGAUGUUCAGAGAGGUCCAAAUGCACAGGGAGGGGAUCAUGAAAACACUGGCUGCAAAACAGCAGGAGCAGACGGACAAUGAGGAACUCAUCGCCAAGGCUAUUGCUCAACGGGAUGCCAGACAGGCACAGCAGCAGAAGGAGAAAGAUGACAAGAGGAUGGCUAUGCUGAACUCAAUUGCCUCACACAGAGAAGCCAUGAAAGAAGAACAGGAGCAGAAGGAAAGAGAACACAACGAGAGAGCCAUUGACAUGCUUUAUGCCAAGAAAGAAGCGGACAGAAUAUUUAUUGAAAAACAACACCUGAAGGCACUGAAAAUGAAAGAGGAUGGAAGAACUUUACAAAACGUCUACAUUCAUCAAAUGGCUGAAAGACGUGCCAAGGAACAGCACAUAAGAAAGCAACAACAGGACUUUGAGACCAAAAAUGCAGAGCUCAUUGCUGUGGAGGAGAAGCAGUUCCAGCAGUAUGCAAAGAAUGUGAUCGAUACAGCCACCGAGGCCAAGAGAAAUAUUCACCCACUCUGCAAAGCUGCCAGGGAGGGAAUUGGAGGUGGUCUUGGCCCCAUCUUUGGAGGAGUGAGACCAAGUUACUUGGUUCAAGAUGACACUGGUGUCCAGAUGCCCAAUUACGUCGGCAGUAGAUCUCAGGACGUCAAAGAGCUGAAUGAGACAUGUGAUAUUCAGCAAUCCAAGAAAAGACUUGGAUUCACAUGGUAA